AUGGUCUUGUGUAGCAGCCUGUGUCUGUAUGUCACUGAGGCCCCAGGUGGCAGCACAGGCCACACUGGGCUCUACACUUCAUUUGGUAUCAUUUCCUUUCAGUCUGAAGAACUUCCUCUGUCAUUUCCUUUAGAGCAGCAGAUCACUGAGCUGAAGAAGGAGAACUUCAACCUAAAACUCCGCAUCUACUUCCUUGAGGAAAGGAUGCAGCAGGAGUUUGCUGGCCCCACUGAGCACAUCUACAAGACGAACAUUGAACUCAAAGUGGAAGUGGAAAGUCUGAAGCAGAAGCUCCAGGAGAGAGAUCAGUUGCUCAUCAGUGCCUCGAUCUACAAGCCAGUUCUGUACUUGUAG